UUAAUUAACUACUCCACUAACUGCAAUGUCCUAGUAGGAUUCUCUCUCUCCCUUUCUCUCUCUUACAUUCUUCUCCUAGUUUGCUAUUCUCAAUACCCUUUGUGUUGGUUAGGGUUCCACCCACACUUUCUCUUAAUUAAUAUUCUCUUCAAAAUUUGUUGGUUAGGGUGAGUCUUAAUAACCUCUCAAUCACUGAAAAAAGGUGCAAGAUAGGAGGGAACUGGAAAUGGGUUUUGUUUCUCUGUAGCUAUUCUGUAUGAAAUAGGUUUUUUCUUUUUCUUUCUUUGUGUAGUUUGGAGCAUUCUGCUCUUGUAAAUUGAUGCUGCACAGCUUUCUCCUUGCAGUGUACAGAACCUGGAAGUAAGAGAAAACCUCAGAUCUCUCUAAUUCUCAUUCUCAUAUUCUCUGUGGCAGUCAUUGCGCUGUAUUGCGCCUUUUCUUUCUUCUUCUCCAUCAGUGGGUUCUUCUUUGCUACUCCCAAGAGCACAAGGACCUCAGGGGGUUCAGUCUAACACUCUAACCCGCCCCCAUUCACUGCUCGUUACUGCGCUUGAAGAAGCGUUGUUUCUUAAGAGUCCUUAAGAUGAGUCCAACAAACAUUGUUGAUUCCUGUAACGAUGGAGACCUCAGAGGGUAUAUGAAAGCUGUUAAACUGGAGCCAGAUUUUGUUGGAGGGUCAAUGUCACAGAAGGAAUUUUAUAAAAAUGAUGUAAUGCUAUCCAAAGUGAAUUCAGGAGAAAACCAAAACUCCACUGCUUCAUAUACCGUACAGGGUGACAGAAGCAUUUUGGGUCAAGAACAGUCUUCAGUAGAUGAUUCAGGCCUUUGUUCCAUAUCACCAAUAUGUCCAGCACCUCUUUGUCGGCAGUUUUGGAAAGCUGGAAACUAUGAUGAGGGGCUUUCUUCUAAGCCUACCCAUAAAAAUGUUACCAAUUACUUGCACAUUCACCCUAAGUUCCUACAUUCAAAUGCCACAUCACACAAAUGGGCAUUUGGUGCUAUAGCUGAGCUGCUUGACAAUUCUAUUGAUGAGAUACAAAAUGGGGCCACAUUUGUCGUAGUAGAUAAAAUUAUCAAUCCAAGAGAUGGAAGCUCUGCUUUGUUAAUUCAAGAUGAUGGUGGUGGAAUGGACGCUGAAGCAAUGCGUCGCUGUAUGAGUUUUGGAUUUUCAGAUAAGAAGUCAAAAUCUGCAAUUGGACAGUAUGGAAAUGGUUUUAAGACAAGUUCUAUGAGACUUGGAGCAGAUGUUAUAGUCUUCAGCCGCUCAAUGAAGAGAAAAAAAACACGAAGCAUUGGGCUUUUAUCUUACACAUUUUUGGCACAAACAGGCCUUGAUAGAAUAGUGGUUCCCAUGAUUGACUAUGAAUACAACUCAUCUGCUGGCACCUGGAAUUCAUUAUACAGUGAACAAAAUUUCAGGAGUAAUCUUUCUCUUCUGUUGCGCUGGUCCCCAUUUUCAACUGAGGAGGCUCUUCUUCGUGAGUUCGUUGACAUUGGUGAUCAUGGCACGAAGAUUAUAAUUUACAAUUUAUGGUUGAGUGAUGAAGGAAAAACAGAGCUCGACUUCAACUCUGAUCCUGAGGAUAUUCGUAUUUGUAUAGAUCCAAAUAAAAUGGAGAAAGGUGCUCGUUCAUCAGUAAGUGAUGAUCAUCUUGCCAACCGUCUCCGUUUUUCACUGCGUGCAUACCUAUCCAUCUUGUACUUGCGAGUUCCAGAAAACUUUUGUAUGGUUUUACGUGGAUCCUUAGUUGAGUAUCAUAAUAUUGCUAAUGAACUCAAAUAUCGGCAAUGCAUCAUGUAUAGACCUCAAAGCGCUGGAGUUUCAGAGGGUGAAGUCAUUACCACAAUUGGGUUUUUAAAAGAGGCCCCAUUGGUGAAUCACCAUGGUUUCAAUGUCUACCACAAAAAUCGUUUAAUACUGCCAUUUUGGCACGUUGUCAACUAUUCUGAUAGUAGAGGCAGAGGGGUUGUAGGUGUUCUGGAGGCAAACUUCAUUCAGCCAACGCACAACAAACAGGACUUUGAAAAAACUCCUGUUUUUCAAAA